CCGCAGGCGGGCGGGAUGGCGGUGCGGGUUGUGCUGGCGCUGUGCGCGGUGCUCGCUGCCUGCCGGGCGGCGGCGGCGGAGCCCGCGGCGGGGGCCGCCAGUCGGCGGCGGCGGCUGAGCGCCGAGGAGGGCAUCUCCUUCGAGUACCACCGCUACGCCGAGCUGCGGGAAGCGCUGGUGGCCGUGUGGCUGCAGUGCCCCGCCAUCAGCAGGAUCUACACGGUGGGGCGCAGCGCCGAGGGCCGGGAGCUCCUGGUCAUCGAGAUCUCCGACCGCCCCGGCGAGCACGAGCCCGGAGAACCAGAAUUUAAAUAUGUUGGGAAUAUGCAUGGGAAUGAAGCUGUUGGAAGGGAAUUACUCAUCUUCUUGGCUCAGUACUUGUGUAAUGAAUACCAGAAAGGAAAUGAUACCAUUAUCAACUUGAUCCAUAGCACACGUAUCCAUAUCAUGCCAUCUUUGAAUCCAGAUGGCUUUGAGAAGGCAGCAUCCCAGCCUGGUGAACUUAAAGACUGGUUUGUUGGUCGAAGUAAUGCCCAAGGGAUAGAUCUAAACCGAAAUUUUCCCGAUCUUGAUAGAAUAGUCUACAUUAAUGAGAAAGAAGGUGGCCCAAACAACCAUCUUCUGAAAAACAUGAAAAAAGCUGUGGACCAGAAUCCCAAGCUUGCUCCUGAAACGAAAGGUGUCAUUCACUGGAUAAUGGAUAUUCCUUUUGUGCUCUCUGCCAAUCUUCAUGGAGGAGACCUCGUUGCAAACUAUCCUUAUGAUGAGACUCGGAGUGGUAGUGCUCAUGAAUACAGCUCCUGCCCCGAUGAUGCUAUUUUUCAGAGCCUGGCCCGCAGUUAUUCUUCUUUUAAUCCCGCUAUGUCUGAUCCGAACAGACCACCAUGUCGUAAAAAUGACGAUGACAGCAGCUUUGUGGACGGAACAACCAAUGGUGGUGCAUGGUACAGUGUCCCGGGAGGGAUGCAGGAUUUCAAUUACCUCAGCAGCAACUGCUUUGAAAUCACAGUGGAACUUAGCUGUGAAAAGUUCCCACCUGAAGAAACUCUGAAGGGCUACUGGGAGGACAAUAAGAACUCUCUUAUAAAUUACAUUGAACAGAUUCAUCGAGGAGUGAAGGGGUUUGUUAAAGAUCUUCAAGGCAAUCCAAUAGCAAAUGCUACAAUUUCUGUGGAGGGAAUAAGCCAUGACAUUACAUCAGCCAAGGAUGGUGAUUAUUGGAGGUUGCUUGUGCCUGGAAAUUACAAACUUACAGCCUCAGCACCAGGCUAUCUAGCAAUAACGAAAAAAGUUGCUGUGCCCUUCAGCCCUGCGGUUGUGGUUGAUUUUGAACUGGAGUCAUUGUCUGAAAGAAAAGAAGAGGAAAAAGAAGAGUUGAUGGAAUGGUGGAAGAUGAUGUCAGAAACACUAAAUUUUUAAAUGAGAAUUUUGACUUUACAGCUUUUAAUCUAUGUUGACUUAGUAUAAUGUACUGUGGAAACUCCCUAUAUUCUAGAUUUUGUGCACUUCACAAUAAUUAACUUUGAAUUUUUCAGUCAUAUUUUGAUUAAUAUGAUUACAAAUAACUACUAGCCUCCUAGGUAGAUAAAUAAGUUAUUAAUUUUCUUUCCUAUUGUUAUAGAAAAUUUACUCUUAUAUACAAAUCAGAAAAAAUAUGAAUGAAUAUGCAGCCUAUAUGACUAUAUGACAGUACAAUCUGUUGUGUAUUGUUUGCAAGUUCAGAAUAUGUAGGUUAACUUUUGAUUUUAAAAAAGAAAUAUACUGUAGUCAAUUAUUGAUACUGCCAGAAAUAUUUGACAGUGCAUAGUAAUAGACAGUGCUCUUUACUAAGUUCUAUAAUGGAUGUUAUUGAAAAGAUUUAUAAUAACAGUGUGUGGUGUAAUAAUGUUUUACAAGGAUUAAAAUUCACUCUAACAUUUUUUAUGUUUCUGGUGUUGGGGCUAUUUAAACAUGUAAGAAACAUAAGUUGACUUAAUUUUAGUAAGCAGAAGAAAUCUGCAUACUCUUUUAUUAAAGGUGGAAUAGAAUGAAUACAGGAAAUAGGAGAGCUUUAUUCCUUAAACAGUUGACAAUAUUCGAAGAUCAGGUUUUAAGUAUUUCUCAUUACUUAUUAAGCAAAUUAAAAAUUCUGAGUGGGUGAAGAAGAGGAGCUUGUGCAUCUUGUUAAUAUGCUGCUUGUGUUUGUAUUACAGCAAGAAAAGAAAUAAUUUCAGGUGAUGUCUGUUUUAGUUAGAUAACUACCUUUUCAACAUGGUGUCUAGGUAAUCAGCCAAACGUUAAUCUGUUCACUGAAGGCUACCAAAGUAUAGUCUAGACAAUGAACUGGAAAUCUACUGAGGUUGUGCAUUUAGUCUUGCAAGUCAGGAAUGCAUGUUUCCAACUUUGUUUCUUCUGCUGGCUAGUCUUAUCUAAAUCUAGAAGCAAGAAAGAUAAGUGAAAUUUUUUUCAGUGUGGUGAAAUUUUUGCAGUAUUUUUGAAGAUGAUACAAAAAGCAACUUUGAUUUAGAAAGAUUCUUCUUGCUCUCCCCCUUUUUUUAAAUAAUUUAAUUAAUAUACUGUAGUAUUUUGGCUGAGUGGAAUUUGCAGAAUCAGAAAACACAUGUGGACUGUAGUAGGUGCAAGUUUAGUAUAAUUCUUUUGAAACAACUGCUGGUAUGCUACUUGAUAGCAGCUAAACAUCUCAUCUGUUUGAAAGCUUGCACACUUUUGCUGGUCUAUUUUAAUUCAAGAUCAGAUAUUUGAUAUAGAUUUCCUUCCUCUGUUUCUUUCAUAUCACUGUGUUUUGAUUAGCGUAUUAUUUUAGCUUAUGCCGUAGGAAUUCAGUAUGGUUCAGAACCAAUCAACAAAGCACUGUCAUGCUCCUGCUGCAAGUGAAAAAUCACAUGUUCAGGUGUAGGAUCCAAGUUCACCUCCUUUGAGUAUUUAAAAAUUUACUGAAAUACUGUUUUCUGAGAAUUUUAAAUUCUUUAAUAAAAGUAGCACCUGAUCCUUUUAGAGGAACAGGCUUAAGAUCUGACACACAUUGACAAACUGAACAGUAAUAAAAAGGCAUAAGCUUUCUCUCUCUGAUCAAGAGUUUGCUAUGUAACCUGUAGCUCAUUUGUGUAGUAGAUGUUUAAUUCCAAAUUUCAGGGGAACUUUAAGUACUGUGAGUUGUUAUAUAGCAAUGAACUUUGAAUCUCCAUUGCGAUGAGAAACUCCAGUGGCAAAUAAACAAUCUUAUCUGAACGUGUCUUGAUAACUUGUGGCUAGCUGUGCACAAUACUGUGCAUAAAAGAUGCCUGCUUACACCAGAUUGGGUGCUUAUGACAAUUUGAAAGGCUAAAAUGUAGCACAGAACGCAUUCUGUGUCUGGCAAUAAUGAUACUGUUUUUAAGUGAACCAGGUAAGGUCAAAGCAAAUAGUAUAAAAAUGAAUUAUAAUAAGAGACUGCUGGCGUGUGGGCAAAUGGCUACAGUAGUGUAAACUAAUGUAAUAAGGCAAAUGUCUGUUUGUACAGAAUACCCUGCUCUGCCUCUUCCAAACAUAAGAAUUUCGAUCUGAGUAACACUACUACAUGGUACAAUGCCUGUCAUGCAUCCAGUCUUCCUGUGGCAUAGUUAGUGCAGACAUUACAUCAAAGUGAUCUCAUAAAAGAUUUCUAAUCCAUACCUGUAUUAUGUGUUUGAGAUCUUCUGGUCUACUGUUUCAUGCAUUUGAGAUUAAAUGUGGUGUCCCUUAAGUGAUCUCUUCGUUGUGUUCUAGGUGACUGCUUGCUAUUACCAUAUUGAGAUCAGGUUAAAGUGAUUAAAUGUUACAACACCAGAACCACUGCCACUGUUCUUGCUCUAGGUAAACAUCCUUAAGAACAGCGUAGUCAGGACUCUUAAUAAAUUAAUUCAUUAUGUAGCUUUUCCUAGCUGAGCUGAGCUGUGUUGUAGGACUGUGUAUGUUUAAUGGAAGAUUAAAUUGUUGUGUGAUGCUGAGCUUUUGGUUAAAAAGGCACAUGCUGUACUCUUGUACAAUAAAUCUACAGUUUUAUUUAAAACAUAAA